AUGUCUGUUGGGCGUGGCGUCCGCAUCCUCGCGGUGCUACUACUCCAAUGCCUUGGCGUCUCUGUAGGGUGGAAGUACUCCAAUGUAGCAGAAUAUCCUGAAGUCCCAGACAAUGGGCCAAAGCCUAACCCAUCUUACAUGGUUGACAACAGCCACAACUACUAUAAUGUAGCCCCUGACAAAGGAACCCAGCAUGGCCCUACCUGGGCCUAUUCCGGUAGCUUCGACAACUACAUGUCCAACCUGCGCUCUGGCAAGGUCAUGCGCGGUGGUCAAAGCAAGAACCAAACAUCUCCUGUCCUUUACGACUUCACUGCCGGUCAAAACAAAAAGCGUCAAGCCAGUUCGUAUUGGCUAACAACCCUUGGACCAUUGGGCAGCCAACCUUGGGCUGGGUCCGACUAUAAAUUCUUUCGAAAUGUUGUAGAUGAUUACGGGGCCGACUCAACCGGGGGUAGUGAUGCAACAGAAGCCAUCAAUGCUGCCGUCGCAGAUGGUAACCGCUGCGGCUUAGAGUGUGGCAACACCUUCACGCAAGGCGCCAUCAUCUACUUCCCGCCUGGGACGUACAAGGUCUGCACGCCCAUCAUCCAGCUGUAUUAUACGCAGUUUAUCGGGGACCCCCUGGACCCGCCGACCAUCCAAGGCUGCGAUACCUUCAAGGGUAUCGGGCUCAUCGACACAGAUCCGUACAUCCCCGGCGGCUCUGGCGCUGAGUGGUACGUCAACCAAAACCAAUUCUUCCGGCAAAUCCGCAACUUCAUCUUUGACUUGACGAAGAUGCCCGUAGCUACCGAUGACGAUGAUCAGCCUUUGGUGCCGACUGGCAUCCACUGGCAGGUAGCGCAGGCGACAACCUUGCAAAAUCUCGUGUUCAACAUGCCUGAGGCUAGUUCAGACGACGAUGUCACCGCUGUUGGCAUCUUCACUGAGAACGGCAGCGGUGGUUUUGUCUCGGACCUGACCUUUAAUGGUGGCAGCAUCGGCUGGCGUGCGGGGUCCCAGCAAUACACGGCACGCAACCUCAAGUUCAAUGGCUGUCUGACUGCCGUGCAGAUGAUCUGGGACUGGGGCUGGGUCUGGCAAGGCAUCGAGAUCGCCGGUGGUGCUAUCGCCUUCAACAUAAGUGGUGUGGGUGGUGAUGGCGGUCAGGGCAUUGGGUCCAUUUCCAUCAUCGACAGCACCAUCUCUAAUGUGCCUGUAGGCAUCCUAACCAAUAUUGGAACUCUAGCCCCUGAUAUUGUUCUCGACAACGUUGUCGUGGACGGUGUAGACCGGGUCGUUCAGGUCGAAGGUGGUGACACCUUGCUGACCUCUUCUGGCACUAUUGACCUGUGGGCCACAGGAAGGGUAUACAACGGUUCCACGCCCUCGGAAAUGACCGGCGCGGCGACGGCACCGGCCAAAGGUGCAAGCCUGUUGUCAAAUGGUAAUCUUUAUGUCCAAUCUCGCCCUCAAUUUGAGGACUAUGGCGCUUCCCAGUUUCUGGUAGCUACCCGAGAUGGAGGCUGUAGCAACGAUGGUACGGGCGACCAGACAGACUGCAUUAAUGCCUUUCUCCAAAAGGCAGUCUCGUCCACGUUGAUUGCCUAUUUUCCAGCUGGUAUCUACCAAGUUGGUGGUACUGUCUUGAUCCCAACUGGGUCGCGAGUUCAGGGGUCCAGUUGGUCUCAGAUUCAGGGCACUGGCUUUUAUUUCUCUGAUAUGGCCAACCCCAAGGUCAUGGUGCAAGUUGGCAACCGGGGUGAGAUUGGCACCAUGGAAAUUAUCGAGAUGCUAUUCACUGUCCGUGGCAACACUGCUGGGGCCAUUCUCAUGGAGUGGAACGUGGCCGCUUCGUCCCAAGGAGCCGCUGCCAUGUGGGACUCACACUUCCGUGUGGGUGGAGGCACUGGCACUGAUCUCGAUUUUGCAACCUGCCCUAAGCGUGGCUUCAACGAACAAUGCAUCGCCGCCUCGCUGAUGUUCCAUGUCACCAAGGAGGCUGACGGUUAUUUCGAAAAUGUCUGGGCCUGGGUGGCUGACCACGACAACGAUAAGAGUCUGUAUAAUAGUCCGGAUACUAUGGCUAAUCAAAUCAGCAUCUACGGUGCCCGUGGCAUGUUGAUAGAGUCGCAAGGCCCAUCAUGGUUUUACGGUUCUGGCUCCGAACAUUCGGUUCUGUAUAAUUAUCAGUUAAGCGGCGCCAAGGACAUCUACAUGGGGCAUAUCCAGACCGAGACACCAUACUUUCAGCCAAAUCCCAUUGCCCCUUAUCCGUUCGACCUAGCUGCAAGUUUUGUCAAUGACCCCGACUUUAGCAGCUGUAAUGGCGAUGAGUCCUGUGCUGCCUCGUGGGGCUUGCGUGUCGUGGACUCAAGCUCUGUCACCAUCCACGGCGCCGGGCUAUACAGCUUUUUCCAGGACUACUACCAGGACUGCAUCGAUACGCACGAUUGCCAGCAGCGCAUUCUCGAGGUCACUGGGUCGACCGGCGUUGUAGUUUUCAACCUUUUCACGGUGGCGACGUCCAAGAUAGCCAUGGGAAUUGAUAGCACUGUGGUGUUCCAGAAUGACUCUAACCAACAAGGCUUUACAACCGAGGACAGCAUCUGGCUCCCGCUCGAUGGCGCCGAUAACAUCGAUACUAUUUUCGUUGGCACGCCAAUUUGGACUUCAACAACUGUAACCUGCUCUGAAUCCUCCUGUCUUCUUGUAUUCCCAACAAGUUCCUUGCCGACCUCGUCUGUCAUAUCCCCCAGCCCCUAUACCACCUCAUUUGAGUAUGGUGAUAUCAGCACCGUGACAACUGGUGGUGUCGUCACCGUAACAUUUAUUACGACUACAACCACCACCGUGCUCACGAUACCCCCUAUAACCAUUGGAGGAUUGCCGUACUCGAAUUAUAAUAUCACAACAGGGCAAUCCACCAUUGCCGUUUCGCCCAGUGUUGAUGUUCCACCCAUCACGAUCGGGCUACCGGACGGCAGUGGUGGUACCACAUCGCGUGUGAUUCCUCUCCCGCCAUGGCCGCAAAUCGACGGAGGGCCUGCUGGGAGUGUUACUAGCCCCCAGCCCGGCCCUGGCGCCACCAGCACCUACUACACAGGUAUCACGUCCACCGUGACUGUAACCGGUCCAACGGUCACAACCAUCAGCUUCCCGGCCGUGGUACCACCUACAACGGUUACGUGCCCGCCUGACAGCUCGAUUGUCUUUGCCACGCCCGCUGUCACGGUCGUGACCGACUGCUCGACUCCCACAACGUGGGCUAUAGGCUUUGAUUGCCCGACUGCCAAGGUAGUAACCUUUUUGGCAUCGACAGCCGCUGUCGUGUCGGUCGAUUGUAGUCUUGUCACGGUGUGGGCAGGGCCCUCUCCCACAACACUGCCAACAUCACCGACAACGACCACCCCGCUGCCACUCUGGACGACCUGGCCACCAGGUGUCAUUUCCCCCGUCACCACUGAUGUCACAAAGCCAGAACCUACCAUCGAUGGCUCGAAGCAGCCUUGUACGCUCUGGUUCUUUUUUAUAUGUAUUUCGCAUAACGACCUUCAUAUAGGUGGUUGGUUCUGGUCUUUUCCCCCCGGUAUAUACCCUCCUGGACCGCCGCCGGGAAUUGAAUGGCCCCCGGGAUUCACGCUCUCAGGCUCGUUACCGCCGUGGCCCGAGAUUACCAUCGGCACGGACAAUUUGCUCACGUACUCGUCGGAACCGACUUCGGGCUGCACAACCAAAACGGCGUCCAUAUGUUCUGCGACGACUACUUUUGAAGUCACGUCGACCGAUACCUUCACGUCAACGACGGCUACAGCUACAGUCACUGACUGCGAGCCCGUCGUCGGUUGCGACGCGAGCUAUUCAAAUACAGCAACGCGCACCACUACGGUUGAAACUUGCACCGUGCCCCCGACGGCUGCGGCGAGGGCUCGCUCGGCUGGCCCUAGAUCAGCUGAUGUAAUAGCCUAUGAUUUCCCAACAGUAAGGCAUCGUGCUGAUUGUGUCGAUGUCGGUGUCGUGGUUUACCCCAGGGACCCCAUGAACGUGGGAAGUAUCGUAUUAAAUCUUCAGAAUGACUUCUCUGACCAGAUCUGGUCCCCUAAGCUGGGCUAUACAGCAUACUUUUGGGUCCAGAGCCUUCCUGGCAGCACAAGAGAGGCACUUUCGCAGAACCCCGCUGUUUUGUAUAUAUAUGAUUAUCAUGAGUGGAACGUUAAUAGCCCGGCGGUCGGCACCCCCAUUUUCGGCGUGGACUCAGGAGAAUUCAUAUCGCCAGCUACGCUUCUUAGCGGCGCAGACACGCAAGACGAGUACCAAUCUCUGUUCCACGAUCUGUCCUACAACGUAUCCCGCGUAGAUACCCCCGAGGCUGACAAAACCCAGCCUUCGAAAAGGGAAGCUACUUCCGCUGUUGUCGGCGCAUAUUGGAACGACGCGUUGAUUUCAGUGCCCCGUGGUCAAAGAUGGAAGUCGGGGCUAAGAGGAGGUAUUAAUACCGACCGAAAUUAUGUAUACUAUUACGACGACUCCGCUGGGUCGGGCAUCACUGUCUAUGCCAUAGGAGAGGUAGGACUAUGGACCAGCCACCCCGAGUUCGCUGGGCGGACAGCGCCGCGUGCAAUGCCACCGCAAAGCCGUUACGGUACCCUCGGUGUCCCCAACGACAUUGCCUCGCAUCACGGCACCACCGUAGCAGCAACAAUCAGCGGCGCCAUGUUGGGGGUCUGCCAGGGGUGCAGCGUCGUGUUUUCCGGCCAUGAUCUGCCAUCAGAUGAUACCUACAACGUCCGGGAUUGGUACUUGGAAGAUCUCCUGAGCGCAUGGGAAGAUAUGAACACGGCGCCGAGGACACCCGCAAGCUCCGUUUUAAACCUCUCCUGGGGCUCAAAGUACACUUAUUGGACCCCAGUAUUUAUUCGCACCUUAUACGACCUUCUUAAGAGAAUGGACAGGGCGGGUGUUACAAUUGUAAUAUCAGCAGGGAACUGGGGCUUGACUCCGGAUCCUUCGAACCCAGCUUCAAAACGAGAGGCUGUCGACACGUACCCACAGUUGUUCGCAGACCCGGAUAAUUCAAGAAAGAACCUUUGGCGGGAUUCGUCGGACCCGAACGACCUCGGCUACCUCCCGAACUUGAUUAUCGUGGGCGCCAGCGAUCAGUUCGGCAAGCGCGCUGGCUUUUCGCAGACAGCCUCGUUUCUUACCACGUACGCAGCGGGCAAGUCUCUGUGGGGGACUUCGCAGUCGAGCUACGAGGUCGUCUCGGGUACCUCCUUUGCGUCACCCGAGGUAGCAGGGCUCGCUGCAUACUUCAAGCAACUCCAGUCACAAUGGCAUGAUCAGCUCAACCAACCAAACACAAACGGCCCCAAGGCAGUAAAAGCCAUGAUUGUUGCAUUGCAACGCGAGAUUAUCCCGAAUUCGCGCUUCCCAAUUUCUGGUGAAACGGUCCCCCUUGUGUGGAAUGGUAUGGACCAGGGUGUAAACUGCCUUUUAGAUUUCCCUAAUGGCGGUGAUCCGAACAACGUGUGCCCGGACCUGCCGGCCGAUAUCACCGACUAUGUUCCACCCCCCUCCUGCGCUAGCGUUGAGGUAGCUGCAGACCCGGCCGUUAUGAUACGAAGCAACGACACUCUUCUCUUUGAGCGUCAGUUAGGCGACUCCUGUACCAUACCCCCAAUUGACGGUGGCGGCACUAUCAUCAGCUUUACCACGGGCUCGUCAGUCGGUCCAACAUGUGUGAACCCGACUGCGUGCGGCGGCAUCGUGUGCUCCGGUUACUGGUGUAAUCCUACACCCACCGGUUACCCGCCGGGGUACCAAGACCCCAAAGAUCCAAGUUCUUCCGGCGCGACACCAUCGCGCACAACAAUCACGUCAGGCUUUCCUCCGGGUGGAGGUGGUGGAGGUAGCAGCACCAGCACCACCACUGGACCCAGCCUGCCCCCUAUCCCCCCGACCUCGUUGGAUAACAUACCUGCUGUGCAGACCCCUGCUCCUCAGCUCCUCGGGUCUGUGCACACACCGACGAGCCCAGACUUGAGUAUGGUGACAGUGGGGCCGGAGCUGCCAGAGCCAGUAGGCAUCACAAAACGCAGUUACGAACUGCAAGUCAGCCCGCGACAAGAAGAUGGCUGCCCCGACGGCUGCGAUUGCUUCGUCGCGUGUAAGCUGUGUGCGACACCAAUAAGAUUCCCAUGUCUUGACAUGUCCAUCAUUGGUACCGGUGAUUUCUUUGACGUCAUUUGGGAGGCGCACGUGAUCGAGGAUGGCACGAAAGUGUGCGAUACGUCGUUCGCUUGUGACUAUUGUCAGGGCCUAGACGACUGGACGGACUGCGAUGGUGGAAACAAGUGGAGGUUCACGUCAAACGAGCUCUGGUAUUACAGCGAGAAGUAUAAUGCCACAUACAACUACAUACUUGACGAGACGAGCACUUCGACGUAUGAAUGUGGUCUCGUACUACCUGUCUUCGAAUGUACACAAUACACGUUCUCGGAUGUGGAUGGCAAUUGUCAGACUGGAAAACGGAGGAAUGUCCUCGCUUUGCCUACAGCUGUUGUAUAA